CAAAACCCAAACAACUCCCUCACACUCAGUCUCUCAUCUCCCUCUUUCUCUCUCUCCAUUUCUCUCUCUAGGGUUUUAGUUUGGGUUCAAUUGGAGUCUUCAAUCAUGGCGUCGUCGUCCUCGGAUCCCGGUCCGAAGACCGAAAGCGGUGGCGGCAGUGGCGGUGGGGGUGCAGAGCCGUCGGAGGCGGUGAUGGCGAGCGAUCAGCUAAUGGUGUACAGAGGGGUAAAGAAAUCGAAGAAAGAGAGAGGAUGUACGGCGAAAGAGCGCAUCAGCAAGAUGCCUCCGUGUGCUGCUGGAAAACGCAGCUCCAUUUACCGUGGAGUCACUCGGCAUAGGUGGACAGGUCGGUAUGAGGCUCAUCUUUGGGAUAAAAGUACUUGGAAUCAGAACCAGAAUAAGAAGGGAAAGCAAGUUUACUUGGGGGCCUAUGACGAUGAAGAGGCUGCAGCUAGAGCUUAUGAUCUUGCUGCCUUGAAAUAUUGGGGUCCUGGCACUCUCAUCAAUUUUCCUGUUACUGAUUACACAAGGGAUCUUGAAGAGAUGCAGAAUCUGUCAAGGGAGGAAUACCUUGCUUCUCUUCGGAGGAAAAGCAGUGGUUUCUCAAGAGGACUUUCUAAGUACCGUGGGCUUUCCAGUCGUUGGGAGCCGUCACUGGGUCGUAUGGGUGGAUCUGAGUACUUCAAUAGCUUACAUUAUGGUACAGGCGUUGAUCCAGCAACAGAAAGUGAACUUUUGGGAGCUUUUUGCAUUGAAAGAAAGAUUGACCUAACAAGUUACAUCAAGUGGUGGGGACCCAACAGAUCUCGUCAAGCUGAAACUAGCAUGAAAUCGUCAGAAGAAACAAAACACGGUUGUGUUGGAGAUAUUGGAGCUGAACUUAAAACAUUGGAAUGGGAAAUCCAGCCUACUGAACCAUACCAGAUGCCCCGUUUGGGCAUCUCCCAUGUAAGUAAAAAGCAUAAAGGUACCAGAGUCUCAGCCAUGAGCAUCCUUUCAAGGUCAGCGGCAUAUAAGAACUUGCAAGAGAAAGCAUCACAAAAGGAGGAAAAAGAUGCAGAUAAUGAUGAGAAUGAAAACAAAAAUACCAUCCACAAGAUGGACUAUGGCAAAGCAGUUGAGAAAUCCACAAGUCAUGAUGAGGGACUUAGUUCUGCAUUAGGAAUGAGUGGUGGACCAUCUCACCAAAGAGAUGUGUUCCCAUUGGCUCCCUUCUUGUCUGCACCACUUCUGACCAGCUACAGUGCCAUCGAUCCCUUGGUAGACCCCAUUCUCUGGACGUCUCUUGCUCCUGUUCUUCCUUCUGGAAUUUCUCGUCCUACUGAGAUUACAAAGACCGAGACUAGUUCAAGUUUCGCUUUAUUUCAGCCCGAAGAAUGAUGAUGCAUUUAAUUUUGCUCUACUGGUUCCAAAGGGUUCACCCAUGCAUUACUUUGCCACAAGAGCAGGAAAAAGGGGCAUGAACAGUUGAUGUAGCCUUGACAACUGGGCUUUUACUCGUUUCGCAGGUUUGUGCUAUGUAAGGUGUAGAAUAUAUAGAAAAGCAGAUAAAUUAUAUUUGAAAACUUUGUUGUCUGCUGAUGAGCUGAGAUCGUUGAGCGUGUGUACGUUACUUGUUCUGCAUGGUACUUAGUUUUGCUGAAUAAGUUCAAGACAUGGAUUCUUGAUAACAUUUUGUACAGAAAAGAUGGUUGUUUAUAAAAGUGCACAAAUAGAGUCACUGUGCUUUCAAAUG